CUUAUUUUUAAGUGUUUUACCAAUAUACGUGUAUUGUGUGUCGUUAUGUUUGGUCACUAUUGGCCUACCGAUUGGCCUUUAGACGCCAAAGCCUCGCCCUCGAGUUGGCUAACGUUAGCAGUCAUAGCAGUCAGUGAACUGUCCCACACGGCCAAUUAGGAGUCGAGGCUGAGAGGCCUUUAUACUGUUAAUACUACUACUACUUACAUUAAACUGGCCUGUUUCAUAUUUACAGCACGAGCACUUUAUUCACUGCCAUAAACUUAAAUGCAGAAGCUGAACUACUCUAUGUACUCUGUAUUAAAAUGUUAUUACAGACAUCUGUUACUGAAACUUUUUUGUUUUGCUGCUUGGACUUCCAAAUGAAAGUUUCCUGUCUCAUACCAUGGAAGCAAAUUACAACAGUACACACAUUUAUAAAGGCAACAGAAGUAAUCUAAGUCAACAGUAGAUCUAUUUUUCUGGUAUUGCCGUGCUAGUUGUGCCUUCUGGAUGAAGGUUCAAAAUCUGUGGGAGAGGUUUAUUGAAGCUGAAGGUUGCUAAAAAGUUAUUAGAAGCAUUAUAGAAGCAUUAGAAGCAUUAAUUCAAUCAGAAAAUAAUCAUUAGUUGCAGCCCUAUACCAAAGUAAAUAAAAUGGAAUCUGAGUCUGGAGGCUAAAAAUGCAACCAUAAUCUCAAUUCUUAUAUGUACUGAAUAUAUGCACUAUUGUAUAAUAAUGAAUGAAUUUAGAGAUGUAUGAUUAGUCAAUUAACUGAUUAGUCUUUGUUUGAAGAUUGUUGUCCAUGGGGUGAUUAACGUAUUUAACAAAAAUAUACAAACAUAACAUUAACAGCAUAUCAUACUUUGGUCUUGAUCAGUUAUUUCACUAGAUUACAGUUAACUGUUUGUUUUCUUUCUCUCCUACAGCUUGGCUCUGUCUGCAUAAAACACAAUGUCUAAAAGUGAACCAGAAGAGAUGAUAGAGAUUGAGAUUGACGAACGGGAGAAACAGGCAUGCCUGGAAGAAGGUGUUGAGGAGCAGACGAUCACUGCAUCCGAUUUGAUUCAGCAAGACAUCGACAUCAAUGAGCCCAUUGGCAACUUGAAGAAGCUUUUGGAACCUCGUAUCCAAAUAUCACUGGAUGCUUAUGAGAUCUGCUUACAGGACAUUCAGCUUCACCCUGAUCACAGCCUCUUCGAUCAGGGAGUAAAGACAGAUGGCACAGUGCAGCUCAGCCUACAGAUCAUAACCAAACCAGGUGAGGAGAAGCUGAACAUCUUGGAAAUCGUGAAGCCGGUCGAAACAGUAGAAGUGGUGAUUGAUCCAGACGCAGCAGGGGAGGAGGGUGCUCUGGUAGAGGAAGGUCAACUCAUUGCUGUGGAGAGGUCCGGCCUCUCUGAUGAGACGUCAGAACAAGUUACACGCUGGGCUGCAGCACUCGAAGGUUACCGCAAAGAGCAGGUCCGCCUGGGCAUACCAUAUGACCCCGUGCUCUGGUCUGCUGACCAGGUCAUCCACUGGGCAGUGUGGGUGAUGAAGGAGUUCAACAUUGACGAGAUGGAAAUAGGCAGCAUUCACAUCCCAGGUCGAGAGCUCUGCGCUUUCAGCCAAGAGGAGUUCCUUCAGAAAGUUCCCAAUGGAGAGAUACUCUGGAGUCACCUGGAACUCCUACGCAAAUAUGUGUUGGCCAGCCAGGAUCAGUCUGGUGGGGACGCCACAGUCACGAUUGAUCAACCUGUGCAGAUAAUCCCAGCUCAAGUGAGCACACCCACAGCCAUAAAGGUACUGAAGCAGAGCCGAGGCCCCAGAACUCCGCGUAUUUCAGGAGGAGAGGAGCGCAGUUCACCUGGCAACCGCACAGGUAACAACGGUCAGAUCCAGCUGUGGCAGUUCUUGCUGGAGCUGCUGACAGACAAGGAUGCGAGAGACUGCAUCUCCUGGGUGGGCGAGGAGGGAGAGUUCAAACUCAACCAGCCUGAACUGGUGGCUCAGAAAUGGGGCCAGCGCAAGAACAAACCUACUAUGAACUACGAGAAACUCAGCAGAGCCCUCAGGUAUUACUACGACGGGGACAUGAUCAGCAAGGUGCAGGGCAAGCGCUUUGUCUACAAGUUUGUGUGCGACCUGAGGACUCUGAUUGGCUACAGUGCUGCUGAGCUCAACAACCUGGUGACCGAGUGCGAGCAGAAGAAAUUGGCUCGCAUGCAGAUGCACAGCAUCGGUCAGCCCAUCACUACAGUGACCUUGGCCACCACGACACUAGACAAGGACAGCUGAAGGACGAUUACAGCACUCUCCAGCUGCCACAGGCAAAGUUAGCUCUCCACCGCUGACUGGAAAUCAAAUUGACUUUUUUGUUUUUUGUUUCCUUUUUUGAUACAGCUGUUUGUUAGGCACAGAAAUGCAAGGCUGAUCCCUGAUCAGUGUGGAUUAACAACUUUGUUAAUAUCUCUACAGUUUUAGUCCAGUUAGACUGAAGCAGGUAAAAAGUUGUUUUUUUUUUCUCCUCUGCUUUUCUUUAACUCUAACCAAGAGAAGCGUGUUCAGGAUGGGGUGGAGAAUGUUUGUGUGAUUACUGAGUAAUGCUGUUGUGCAUGUGACUGAAUGCUUUAACGUGUGACUGAAAACCCAAUUAUGAGCUUUGUGUAAUGUGUUCCUUGUCUGUAGCUUAGAAUUGUUUCCACUGUAUAUACCGGUACUUCAUGUUUUUGAUAGCCACAAGGGCAAGUGUAUUUUCAUAUUUUCCAUUUAUAGAGGAUCUGUUUUGUAUUUUAUUUAGUGUUUGUUCCCUUAAUUGUUGGACCCUUUUUUGUCCACCAGGGGGAAUAAAGUGGCAAGCAUUUUUCUUAA